AUGGCUUUUCAGGACCAAGACGCCUUCGACAAUCGUUUCGAUACGGUACCGAAGGCUUCAGAUGUUGCAGCGAAGCGCAAAUCUGAUGACGGUAACGAAAGACCUUUGAAGAAGCCACGCUUUGUUGCCGAUUACGGCACCGCUGCUGUAGACUCACCAACGAAGAUGAGCUACGGAGAAGGUGCCAGCGAAGACUCCGAUGAAGAAGGUUGCAUAGAAGACUUGGGAAGCGCACCUUUCAUUCCUCAAGGAGUACAGCAAGUGACGCCGGCAAUGGAAUCCCCGCAUAUUAGGGACGGAGCUUACACUCCAGAGCCUGGGGAAGGCUACGAUCGUCCACAAGACCAAGCCAUCGGCGGAGCUACCCCGGACGCAGAAGAGACAGUCUUGUCGACUACGUCCCGUGCCGGUGACUCUGCUGAUGGCGAUAUAGGCGGACGCAGACCAUCUAGAGUGCUCUGGAAGCGCUCCAAACUGGUGGGGUCAUCAUUGACCCUCGCGCGAAAUGCAGGAUUCCCAAGACCUGUGCUCUGUUCAGGUUGCGAAGAUCUCAAGUUGUCUUUUGACAAGUUUGUCAUUGACAAUAGGCGCUCAACUGGACAACGCAUCAAUGGAAGACCGGGGUUUUGGGGCAAGAGGCGAAUGGGAACAUUUCAAGAGAUUGAACAGCGUACGAGUUGCCCACUAUGCAAGAUGCUAAUCCGCUCGGCGAAGGAUACGCCUACGCAAGUAUCAACUCCAGAGAUUUCCAAAGCAGUCUGUAAGCUUUACUGGACAGUGGAUGGGAGGGAAAGAGUGCCGAGAUACGCUCAAGAGGGUAUAGUGCCGGUCGAGAAAACAGAACAACCUGGAAGUACACAGCAACCUGAGCCAUCAAAUUCACAGCAACAAAAGAGUCAGGUACGAACGGUGAAGCGGACUCGGCGACUCGCGAUUGAGUGGACUCACAGAGCAGACGUUUCCUACAUUGUGCUCGUCGCUCCCGACGGCAAGUUCACUGUUGACGGAAGAAUAAAUAAAGGCGAAUGGGAGCGACCGACCCUUUUCCUUGGCAGAUUACUUACUGGAUUGGAUCAAACCAAUUGGGACAAGAUCAAAGAGUGGCAACAGAUAUGUAUAGACCACCACACGACUGAUUGUGUCGUCCCUGGAGAGUUGCGCGAAAGGUUUGACACGGUCCUUCGCCAGAGUCCAUUCUUCCGCGUUAUUGAUGUCGAGAAAAUGUGCCUGACUUCGCUGCCCGAGGAUGAAGACCAAGAUGUUCGCUACACGGCGCUCAGCUAUACUUGGGGCGAGGAAACCCGGGUCAGCGGCGGUCACGGGCCUAGCAAGAGCAAGACCAAGCCUCGAUUCAAAGCCACGCAGGAGAAUCACAAACGACUGAUGAGAGACAACGGUAUUCGAGAUGUGUUGGACAGUCUUCCUACUUCGAUACAGCACGCGAUCAAUCUGACAGAGCACUUGGGUAUUCGUUAUCUCGUGAGUAGAGUCAUUGGUGGAAGGCACACCUUCUUGUCCGAGACAACUGCUUACCUUCUAUCUAUCGCGUUUAGUGGGUCGACUCUCUAUGUAUCGUCCAAGACUCAACUCGAAGUUGGACCCUCAAUGCUAAUGUUAUGGACGUUGUCUACAGCAAUGCAGAAGUGACCAUAUGCGCAGCCGAUGGAGACGGCGAUGACGAAAUCGGCCUGAAGGCUCUAUUCCCUUCUGAUCGCUAUACGAGACAUGCGGAGGAGCAUACUAUCGACUAUCCAGCACAGCCAAGUCCUUUGAAGCUCAUCCUUUCGCGGCCCUCUGAGUCUUACAUCGCCCGCACCAGAUGGAAUACUCGUGCCUGGACAUUUCAAGAACGGCUAUUGUCACGCAGAUCACUCAUCUUCGUUGCCGGACGAGUAUACUUUCAAUGUCGAUCGACCACAAUGUCAGAAGACAUUUAUUCCGAAGAGGCGAAAGCAGGCUGGUCUGUUGAACUUCAAGGAGCUCCCGCCCAAACCCUAAACGGACUUUCAACAAAUCCAGUCAGCGUGUACAAAGACUGCUUAGGGAUGUACACGUCAAGAGAGCUUUCAUAUGAAAGGGACAUCCUGGCAGCUUUUGGCGGCAUCGCUAACAUCAUCCGCUCUUCCCUUGCCAUUGAUUGUAACCCAAUUUUUGGUCUGCCUCCUUCUCAUUUUGAUUACGCCCUCCUCUGGGAACCAGAAGAACAGCCCACUCGGCGGGUCGUAACCGGUAAACAUUUUCCCAGCUGGUCUUGGUGCGGUUGGAAAGAUAAAAGAAUAUGCUACAAGCCUGCGACUGUCUCGGGGUUGGAAAUUGACCUGCAUGAGUGGCUACUCAACCACACUUGGAUCGCGUAUUACAUCAGAGACGGGCAAGGUGACUUGCGAUUAAUAUGGGACCCUCGGAAGCAUAAAUCGAACUGCGACAUCGAUUCUCGAUGGGCCGGAUAUGAUUCUCCCCAAGAAGGGCUCCCUGGAGGCAGUAAAAUGAAACUUGACGAUGUGUACCCCAAAUUCGACUAUCACGGAAGGCCAUUCAACAGGUCCACACCUAAGCGAGGCCGCGUAGAGCACUCGGGAAAGCAAUUCUUCCGCAAGUACGGCGAGUACAUGAGCCAUGUCAAGGUUCUCAAACCUGGCGAAGGGCCCCGAGCUCUGGACCAGCCCCUGGAAGAUGAGUCGAUUCUUCAAUUUUGGACCUGGUCUGCCGUCUUCUAUCUCGGAGAGGAGGCAGCUGGUGAACCUUUCAACAAUGGUGAAAUGGUUGGCGCUGGACUAAAGCGCUUCGCUAUUCUGGACGCGGACGGCGAUUUUGCCGGAACUUGCGUGCUCAGUGAGGUAUGGACUUCAGCAGCUCGGGAGGAUAAACCACAAACGUUCAUUGCUCUUUCUGAUGCGAGAGAAUUCGACGGAUCCGAAUAUGGUUGCUGGAGCUUCUACAAUGAGCAUCAGGGAGACACGAACCCUUGGCAGCUCUAUAAUGUAAUGAUGCUAUGCAAUGAAGAGGGCGUCGGCUACACGGAAACGAAAACCGAAGUCGCAUAUAGAGCGGGGCUGGGCAAGGUGUACAAGUCGGCGUUCGACUACGGCAUGAACAAAGAGAACUGGAAAGAGAUCAUCCUGGGCUGA